UGCGGUUGACUGAUGAGUGCCUUCAUCUCUCUCACCUUGGUGUUAGAUUACAUGCUGUUCUCUUCUCAAAAGGAAUGUUUCCUUUUUCUGUGUUUGUAAAAUACAAUGUAUAACAGGCGAAUGGAUGGAAGUCAAUUUACUGCAACUGUAAACUUUUAUUUACAUGCAACUAUGGUCCACCUUUUUUGUCAUGCUAUAAAACAUGCACCCUUACCAUGCUCAUUGUGUAUGACGUUGUGUGCAAUGCAGCUUUGGCUUAAAAUGACACUUAAUGUUACUUCUUUGACUUGCAUGUCUUUGGUGAUGAGGCACUUCCUCUCUACAACGUUACAGGAAAUACAGAUAGCUGUGUUUCUUUAUGGUCAUCAACAACUUCGUGAAUAGUCGUUCUCAUCAAAGUCAUACUGUGGCGUAAGUCAUAUCUGCUUCAUUUUUCAGUUGUAAAAGUCGACUUUCUAUCUAUUGCAAAAACAGGUUUUAUAACCACAAUGAGUUCUGAUCUACCAUCCAAGUCAGAGGUGAUGGGCUGGAACUCUGCAAGCCUGGCUGACUAUCUUAAAAGAAUGAGACUGGCGGGGUGUGACAAAGUAGUGAAGAAAAGUAACAUGACUGGCGCAAGAUUUUUGAACAUGUCUGAUAAAGAUCUCAAGCAGUUUCCCACAGCACAUAUACCAUAUAUCACAAAGAUCAGCAAAGAUAUUAAUCAGAAUAAUAAACAAAGAAAAAACCUAUUUCAUCGAUCAGAACAACCGAAGCCUCCAAAGCAAGAAGCUAAUGCUGCCGCUUGGGAUUCUGAUGAAUUUGACCAGGAAGACAGUGACAGUGACUAUGAGGAGCCAGAUGUUAACACCUGUGAAGACAACUACAUUUGUGCAGACCAAUGUAAUGAAGAUGGAUCCAGUGAGGAUGACUAUGAACCACCCCCCACCGAAAAGCCAUUAGAUAUACCAAGUCACUUUCGUGUUGCCAAGCCUCUGGGCGACGGAGACUAUUUGGACAGCGGCCCUUGUGCUUCCCGUGAUCGGAAUGCAAGGCCCACCACAGCCAACAAAUCUGCAUCCCUUCCAAAGGGGCUUAAUAUAUUUAAGCCUUCGGCACGACCAGAUCCAUCUCCACACAGGCCUAUGCCUCCUUCCAGUAAAUCAUUCACGGGGACUCCUGGCCCAGCUGUGCCAAAGGUGGAUCGGAGUAAGAAACCCAGCUUUCCUUUUCCAGUCAAAAAAAGUUCCAACAAACCAGCAAAAGGUCACAUUGAAAAAAAUACUAACAACUUACCAAUGCCUCCCCCAGUGUCUGAAGCAAGAUUUAACUUACCACCAAGCACAGAGUUUCCUCCCCCACCUCCAAUGAUGAUGGGGCAGGACAUGGAUCCCCAGUGGUACGUGGGUCAAAUGAGUCGUGGAGAAGCAGAAGUCUCCCUCAGACACGUAAAUAAAGAUGGCGCUUUCUUAAUAAGAGACAGCUCAAAGGGAUGCACAGAGCAGCCAUACACACUAAUGGUGCUGUACCAGCACAAAGUGUACAACAUCCAGAUUCGUUUCCUUGGAAACAAGGAUGGCUAUUCCCUGGGCACUGGCAUGAAAGGCGUUGAGAAUUUCGCCAGCGUUAUGGAUAUUGUCACGCAUCACAUGAAGGCCCCACUAAUUCUGAUAGAUGGAAUGGACCGUGGAGCUGGACCUCAGCGACAGUGCUGUCUCAUGUUCCCAGCUGGUUUUUGAGACAGACUGUAGAAAAGCAAUCUACAAUGCUGACUGGGUUCCAGUAUUAAACAGACAUGGAGAUCAGUAGCAGUUUGUGAUUAGAUUGUAACAACUUUAAUUUAUUUAAACAGAAUAUUAGACCUAACAAUGUACAUAUGCACUCAGCUUUGCAUUAGUAAAUCAUAUUCAGAUUCUCUUUCAAUAUGGUUUUAAAACAUUUCAUACAAUUAUGCCAUGCAUAUAUUUUUUUCCAAAAGAAACUUUAAUGCAAUAUGACUAUAGGUUUAAACAUGUCUUUCAAGUGCUUGCUUUUUCCUAUUAGAUUGUACCGUUAAAGUAACACAGCACAUAUUAUAAAUAAAUCCACUCUACUAAUUUA